ACCCCAAGGGGACUAUCUCCCAGCGGCAGGCCCUUCGAUAAAAUCAGGAACUUGCGCUGGCCCUGCAAUGUCGAGGGAGGGGGCUCACCCAGGGCUCCUGUAGCUCAGGGGGCAGGCCUGAGCCCUGCGUCCGCCCGACGGCCAUCCAGCCCCCCGACGGGGCACCCCGACCUGAGGGGCCCCGCGCUGGCCCCCACCGAGGCAGGGCAUCUGACAGGCUCCGAGCUCGGCUGGAUGUUACAGGCGUGCACAAUGGAAGGGUUUCCCCUCGUCCCCCCUCAGCCGUCAGAAGACCUGGUUCCCUAUGACACGGACCUGUACCAACGCCAGACGCAUGAAUAUUACCCGUAUAUCACCAGUGAUGGAGAAAGCCACAACGACCACUACUGGGACUUCCACCCUCACCACGUGCACAGCGAGUUCGAGAGCUUCCCCGAGAACCACUUCACGGAGCUGCAGAGCGUGCAGCCCCCGCAGCUGCAGCAGCUCUACCGCCACAUGGAGCUGGAGCAGAUGCACGUCCUCGACACCCCCAUGGCGCCGGCCCACACCAGCCUCGGCCACCAGGUCCCCUACCUGCCCCGGAUGUGCCUCCCAUACCCAUCCCUGUCCCCACAUCAGCCCAGCUCAGAUGAGGAGGAGGGCGAGCGGCAGAGCCCUCCACUGGAGGUUUCUGAUGGGGAGGCGGAUGGUCUGGAGCCCGGGCCUGGCCUUCUGCACGGGGAAACAGGCAGCAAGAAGAAGAUCCGCCUGUAUCAGUUCCUGCUCGAUCUGCUUCGCAGUGGGGACAUGAAGGACAGCAUCUGGUGGGUGGACAAGGACAAGGGCACCUUCCAGUUCUCGUCCAAGCACAAGGAGGCGCUGGCGCACCGCUGGGGCAUCCAGAAGGGCAACCGCAAGAAGAUGACCUACCAGAAGAUGGCGCGCGCGCUGCGCAACUACGGCAAGACGGGCGAGGUGAAGAAGGUCAAGAAGAAGCUCACCUACCAGUUCAGCGGCGAGGUGCUGGGCCGCGGCGGCCUGGCCGAGCGCCGCCACCCGCCGCACUGAGCCCGCAGGGCCCCCAGGCCUCCCACGGGCCACAGCAUUAACCUCCCGUCGGCCCGGACACAGGGAGGACGCCCGGGGCCAGGGCAGGACUGUUGGCCACCUCCCUCCCCUCCCCUCCAGCCCCGCUUGCCCCAGGGGACCCCAGCCCCGAGGUGCCCGCAGCCGGGGCGUCGGCCAGGGCGCCGGCCAGGGCGCUUCCUUGGGGCUGUCUCUUGUCACUUCUGUAGAUGGAUGCUCCUUUCUAAGCAUCGCCUUCUCCCACCGCCCUCACCCUUUAGGAAGGAAGUAAAGUCUUGUUAGUCACAUGCUUGCAGCGACAGAGUCUCUUUCAGAAUGUGCCCCUUGUCUGUCCCCUCCCCCUUGGGCAGGGACAUGGCUGGUUCCCUCAUUUAGCCAUUGGGUGUCUACCCAGUGCUGGACCCUGGGCACGCAGAGACAAAUGACACACAGACAAAUGACCCACACUGCCUGAGCCUGGAACAAGACCUUCAAUGUUAUUAGCAGAGUUCACCAAAAUAAAAGGCCUUCUGCUCGCGAGAGGGUGUUUGAAGCCUGGAUGAGGCUUGAAUUCACCAUCUUCUGAGUUAAA